AUGAUAAAAUUAACAGCAAUUGAAAAAGAAAAUGAUCCGGAAAAGGGAUGGCUUAAAGUAAUGAUUGAAUCCGGAAAAUUCGGAAUAUUAUUCAUAAGGGAAAAAUUGGAUUUAUUAAAUGAAACAAAAUUACAAAUGAUACCAUUUAUGAAGCAACAUCUUGCUGCUAUUGAUUUCAUACAUACAGCAUUAUUAGCAUGUCGAGCAUUACAAAAACGUGGUGGAAUAACAGGAAUUAGUAAUAUUGAUAUGAUAAAUACUACUAUCACAAUUGAUAACAUUGAUAAUAGUGGUAAAAUAAUUGAUAUGAAAAAUUAUGAAAAUAAAAUUAUGAAUGGUAAAGAUGAUAAAAGUAAAAGUAAUGAUAAUGAUAUUGCGAUGAUGUUAAGAACAGAAACAAAUGAUGAUAAAUAUAUUGGAAUACCAAGUGAUGAAGAUGUGAUAAGUAAUACGAUUGAAGUACCAGAAUGGGCAUGUAAUGAGAAACAUUCACCAAAUUAUAUCAUUUAUUGUCAGGGUGAUUUACUUCAUACCGUAAUGAUGCUUAAUAUUUUUAAAGAUUCUAAAACAUUUGUUGAUAAACCAUUAAAACGUGAUCCUGCUGAAAUUGCGGCAGAUUUUAAGAAAAAAUUUUCACAUAAUAUUACGGUAAAUGAUCGUGAAGCAGUACGACGAUUUAUUGAUGAAAAUUUUGACGAUGAAGGACAUGAAUUGGAACAAUGUGAAUUAGUGGAUUGGGAAGAGCAACCAGAGAAACUCUUAUCAAUAUCAGAUCCACAAUUACGCCAAUUUGCAUUAAAUGUUAAUUUGAUUUGGAAAAGUUUAUGUCGAACAAUUAAAAAGGAAGUUAUGAAAUAUCCCGAACGUCAUUCAUUACUGUAUGUACCAUAUGAAUUUAUUGUUCCCGGUGGUCGUUUUCGAGAAUUUUAUUACUGGGAUACUUAUUGGGUUAUUAAAGGUCUUCUUGCUUCAGGAAUGCAAGAGACAUCACGUCGAAUGAUUCUUAAUUUUGAAUAUUUGGUAAAAAAAAUUGGUUUUAUACCAAAUGGUGGUCGAGUGUAUUAUUUGCGCCGAUCACAACCACCAUUUUUUAUUCCAAUGGUUUAUGAGUAUUAUAUGGCAACAGAAGAUGAUGAAUUUUUACAUUCCACAAUGGAUACUAUGGAAAUGGAAUUCAAUUUUUGGAAAUCAAGUCGAAUGAUUAAUGUAACAAUUAAUAAAAGAAAUCAUUCAGUAUUUUAUUAUCGUGCAGAUAGUAAUGUUCCACGACCGGAAUCAUACCGUGAAGAUUAUCAAACAGCGGAACGAGUUGAUCGGCAAAGACGACGUAAAUUAUGGCGUGAUAUAGCAAGUGCUGCUGAAUCAGGUUGGGAUUUUAGCAGUCGAUGGUUUCAAAAUCGGAAAAGUAUGGAUACUAUCGUUACAUCCGAUAUUAUUCCGGUUGAUUUGAAUGCUUUCAUGUAUUGGAAUAUGAAAAUUCUAGCACAUCUUCAAGGAGAAAUUGGUAAUCUAACUCGACGUGAUGAAUUAAAUCGAGAACGAUCAAAUUUUGUGGAUACAUUUGAAGCAGUAUUUUUUGAUACACGUGAAGGUGCAUGGUUUGACUUGAACCUGAAAACCGGAGAGCAUUACGAUGAUGCAUAUCCAUCUUUAGCUGCUCCACUUUUCACUGAAUGUUAUCAUGUACUAAAUAGUGGUAUGAUUUCGGAUGUUCUGGAAACGCUACAACGAAAAGGAUUGCUACAAUUUCCGGGUGGCAUACCGGCAAGCUUAAUGAAGGGUACCAAUCAACAAUGGGAUUAUCCAAAUGGUUGGGCACCAAUAAAUCAUAUGAUCAUCGAAGGAUUACGUAAAUCAAAUAAUCCAAGGAUGCAGCAACGAGCAUUUGAGAUUGCUAAUAAAUGGAUUAAUCGUAAUUAUGCACUUUAUCAGAAAGAUCAUAAAAUGUGGGAAAAAUAUGAUGUUGCAAAAGAAUAUGUACGAGCUGCUAAAGGUGGUGAAUAUGAAAAUCAGUAUGGUUUUGGAUGGACCAAUGGGGUGGUACUUGAUUUACUCGUAACAUUCAGUAAACGAGCUGUAGUUAAACCAACUGGUGGUGUAAUCGAUAUUCAUGGAACUGGACGAACAAAUAUAUCCGGUACCAAUCGAACACUUCUUACUCGAUAUUUAGGAACCGGAAAAUCUUCCGAUUUCCUAUGGUGGUUUACGAAACGAAUUCUAAUUCGGGCAUUAAUCACAUUUUUGAAAUGCAAAAAUCCUGGUAGCAGUGUAGAAGUUAAAAAUGUAGAAGUUAAAAGUUUAUGA